AUGGCGCAGCCGCACAGGCGCGUGCUCCGCGUGGCUCCGCCGGGCUCCGCAGGAGGGGGCGGGGACGGGGAGGCGUUCCCCACGGUGCAGGCCGCGGUGGACGCCGUGCCGCUGGGCAACAGGGAGCGUACCGUCAUCCGCCUCGCCCCGGGGGUGUACCGGGAGCCCGUCUACGUCCCCAAGACCAAGAACUUCAUCACCCUCGCCGGCGCGUCCGCCGAGGCCACCGUCAUCUCCUGGGACAACACCGCCACCCGCAUCAAGCACGCCCAGACAUCCAGGGUCAUUGGGACAGGAACAUUUGGCUGUGGAACGGUUAUUGUCGAGGGAGAGGAUUUCAUUGCAGAGAAUAUCACGUUUCAGAACUCAGCUCCUCAGGGAUCCGGGCAAGCAGUCGCAGUCCGGGUAACAGCAGAUAAGUGUGCCUUCUAUGGUUGCCGGUUCCUUGGUUGGCAGGAUACAUUAUAUUUACAUUAUGGAAAACAAUACUUGAGAGACUGUUACAUUGAGGGUAACUGUGACUUCAUCUUUGGUAACUCUAUUGCCCUUCUGGAACAUUGCCAUAUACAUUGCAAAUCAGCGGGAUUUAUUACUGCCCAUAGUCGGAAAUCCUCUUCAGAGUCGACUGGCUACGUGUUCCUAAGGUGUAUUAUUACAGGAAACGGAGAAGCUGGAUAUAUAUUCCUGGGUCGGCCAUGGGGGCCCUUUGGGAGGGUUGUCUUUGCGCACACUUUUAUGGAUCGCUGUGUUAAGGCCACUGGGUGGCAUAAUUGGGACAAAUCUGAGAAUGAAAGAACCGCUUGCUUCUAUGAGUACAGGUUUUAUGCUGCUGGUCAAUAUAUCAUCACAUUUUUGAAAUUUUGUCAACUUUGGUCAGUUUGGUGCUCAGGGCCCGGUUCCCGGUCAUCAAGCAGGGUGUCUUGGUGUAGAGAAUUGCUUGACCUUGAAGCAGAACAGUUCCUUACACACUCCUUCGUUGAUCCAGACCUUGAUAGACCAUGGCUUCUCCAGAUGAUGGCGAUAAAGAUACCAGCUUCAGCGUAG